AUGAAUGGAUUUAAAGUAAGAACAAAUAGUCAAAAGUUCAGAUAUUUUAAUAAUAGAAAGUUAAAUAACAACAUUGUUGAUAAAAAGUACAAGAAUAAAUAUAAUAAUGUAGAUGAAAUUAGUGAAUAUUUAAUUAAUAUUUCAUAUAUAUUAAAUGAAAAGUAUGAAAAAUAUUUUGCCUUUGAAUUAAGAGAAGAAAAUUUAAAAAAAGGCAAUAAGCUAUUUAACAGAAUAAAUUUAGAAUUUUCUUUUGAUUUAGAGGAUGAUAUAUGUAUUUUAAUUAAAAUAUUAGAUGAAAUAAAGGGAAAUGAAAUUGAAUUAAUAAAUCAAAGAAAAUGUUCAAAAAUAAUGGAAAAAAUAAUUUUUUAUUGUUUUUUUUUGUUGAAAUAUAAUGAAAAAAAUGUGAAAAACAAGGAUAUAAGUAUUCAAUGUUUAGAAGUUUACAAUCAUUUUUUUAAAAUUAUUCUAAAUAAUUUUAUAAAUUUAGCUUUAUCGGAUUAUGCUUCUCAUUUUUUACAAACUAUUAUAUGUGUAUUUUCUUUUUUUAAUAAAUAUGAAGAUAUAUAUAUAGAAGAAAUUAAUAAAAAGAAUGGUAACUAUAAUAAUAUUUCAUCUUAUUUUAUUGAAAUUUGUAACAUUAUAGGUGAAAAUCUUUUUUCUUUAAUAUUUGAUAAAUGUGGAACACAUGUUUUAAGAUCAUUUUUAUAUUCACUAGGAGGAUAUCUAAAUAUUAAUAUAUCUAAUAUAACUUUUAGAAAAUCUAAAGCAAGAAAAAGUAACUCAAAAAAUGAACUGAAAUAUAUUGACAAAAGUUAUGAUAAUUCUAUCUUUUAUGAUUAUAUUUAUAAAAUAAUUGAAAAAAUAACUGAAGAAAUUGUAAACCCUAAAGAAUCUCUUAUUUAUAAGAAUCUUUUAUAUCAAUAUAUUUAUUAUGAUAAUCAAAAAGAAAAAGAACAAAACGGUGAAAAAUAUAUAAUAGAAAGUAGUAAUCAAUAUUUUAUAUGCCCCUUAUUGUAUAAUACUUAUUCAGUUCCAACAUUAGCAACCUUAUUUGAAAUAUUGAAAGAUAAAAAUAUUGAAUGUGAUAAAUUAAUUUGUGAAUUUUUUCUUAUAGAAAAAACAAAGAAAUAUUACAUUGAUAAGACAGAUGAAAAUAUUAAAUGCUACGAUGAAUCUCCAUUAAAGCAGUUAUUAGAUAUCUUAAUCAAGUUAGAUAACGCAAGUAUCAUGAUUGAAAAACUUUUAAAAAUAAAUAAUGAACACAUCUUUUAUGUUUUUAAUGUUUAUAUUAUUAAAAAUAUAAAUAAUUUAAUAUGUGACAAUAUUUAUUCAAAUAUAGUUUUACAUAAUUAUUUGAACUUUGAAUAUAUUACAGAAGAAAUGUUUGAGUUACUAAUGAAAAAUAUUGACAUAGAGAAAAUUAUAAAAAAUAAAAAAUAUAACAUUUUAAAAUGUUUAUUUGAUUUAUCUCAAUGUUAUAAAACUAAUUGUAAGUUUUUAUUUAAUUCAUUAAUUAAAAAUCUCAAUUUAGAUUUUAAUAAUAAUAACAAAUUUAUGUGGAUAUCUAUCUUAUGUAUGUGUAAUUAUAAUGAGUUGAAUCCGCUAAUUAUUGAUGUUUUUAAUAAAAAAGAGAAUGAAACAUUUAAUGAAAAUCAUGUAAAGGAUAAUGAUUGUGAUAUUCUUAAAAAUGAUUCAAGUUUCAAUAAUAGUGAUAAAUAUUUGAAUUUAAAUAACUACAAUUUUUAUAAUUAUAUUAAAAUUGAUAUAAAUGGAUAUUAUAUAUUAUCUUAUAUUCUUUCUUUUCCUAAAGAAUCAUAUAUACCAUUAAUAAAUUCCUUUAAACAUUUUUGUAAUUUUUUAAAGAAUGUUAGUGAAAAUAAACCUAAUGAAACUGAUAUUGAUAAUUAUAAUAAAUUUUGUGAAACAUUUCUUCAUAAAAAUGAACCUGAUAAUAAUAUAGAUAAUUUUGAAAAUACUAAAUCUAGUAAAGAAGUUAAUAUGAAUUAUGAGAAAUUAAAUAAUAAUAGUCAAAAUAAUAAUAAUCAAAAUAAUUAUAACAUAAAUAAUAAUAAUUUCAAUGAUAAGCAUAAUAUACAUAAUCAGAAAAAAAUAAAACCAUUUUUGAGAAAAAAUGCAGAACUACGAGGUAAUAUUUUAUUAUACUUUUCAUGUGAUAAAAAUUUAUCAAUACUUUGUGAAAAAAUAGCACAAACUUUUAAUUUGAUAAAUGAAAAAUAUCUAAGAACCUUUAUUUUGUUAUUUAAAGAUGAAUAUAAGAAUAUUGCAAGUCAUUACAUUGGAGCUCAUACAAUAGUUACAUUUUUUAAAUUAGGAACUAAUGAUAUUAAAAAGAGGAUAUUAGAUGAAUUAAUAGAAAAUGACUUAAACAUAUAUAACAAUUAUAUAAAAAAUUUUAUGAAGCUGAAAGAAUAUAAAAAAACUAAAACUAUUAACACAAAUAACAAAAAAUAUCUGAAAGCAAAAAAAUUAUUUGAAGAUAUAUUAAUCUCAAAAGAAAAGAAAGGAAUAGAAAAUAAUCAGAUUGAGAAAAAAGAAAAUAAAGAGAAUAAUAAUGAAAGCAUCGAUAUGAAUACUGAAUAUAUAGAUGAAAAUAGUAACUCAGAAUCAAAAUUAAUAAAUAAUUUAAAAGUAAAAAAGUCUAAGAAAGAAAAUAAUUUUGAUUAUUUUAAUUCAGAAAAAAGUGUUGAAAAUAAUGUUAACGCAGAAAUAAUGGGAGAUUCAAAUUAUCCUAAACUUCUAGACAAAAAAAAGAAAAAGGAUAAGGAAAAGAAAAAAAAAAAAAAAAAAGAAAAGGUUAAUGAAAGCAAAGAUAAUAGUAAAGAUGACAUAUAUAAAGAGCAGAUAAUAAAUAUUAAAGAUAAAGAUAAUGAUAAUGAUAAUGAUUAUUUAAAUAAUAGUUGCGUUACAUUAAAAAAUAAAAAUAACGAUAAUAAAAGGAUGAAAAAUAUAGAUGAAGACAAAGAAUUUAUGAAUGUAAUUUCUGAUUUUAUUCAAAAUUCUAAAAAAAAAAAAAGAAAAAGAAAAAAAGAAAAGGAAAAAAUAGAAGAAGUAUUAAAAAAAAAAAAAAUGUAG